CAUAGAGCUGUGUGACGUCAUAGACCUGCUUCUCAACAGCAAAAUGUCGUGAUUAUCCCCCUGUUUGCGCUGAGUUGAAGGCCCUUCCUCGAGAGAUAAGUGUGUGGCUGGGCUGGAGGUGGCUCACAGGAGGCAAGAGGCGAGAUAGGAAGGCCAGAAGAGCCGUUUCCUUCGGCGUGUGUGUGUGGAGGCAGUUGGCAACACGAGCCUGCAGGAGGAUCACCUGUCCACACGACUCCUCAGCGGGCUAAUUCCUCCUCAUUCACCCUCAGAAACAUGUGAAAUGAGCACCGAGGACCAGCGAGGCCUCGGGUGGUGAGAGAGAGCACAGGAGUCCCCGGGGAGAGAGUGUGGCUGGGCAGGAGAGUGGGUUGAGUGUGGGGGCCGAGGGACAAGGCUUGGUUCCCGUACCAUGUUGAGCUCUAAAUACAAGGUUUUUGGAUCUUCUGAAAUAGACUGAAGGCUAGCGAAGGAACGGCAAUAAGAUGUUUUCUGCCACAAGUACAGACUCGCAGUUUUACAAUUUCGAGAGCGAGGAGAACGCCCAGAAAUGGAGGCAUUUGUUUCUGGGUCCACUUAAGAGGGUGCUGGAGCAGGUGCAUCCCUCCCUAGCGGCCAAAGAUGAUGCACUUGAAUAUGUGGAGAGCCUCAUCUUACGCCUGCUGGCCAUGUUGUGUGCUCGCCCAGCCCCUCACACCGUCCAGGAUGUGGAGGAAAGGGUACAGAGAACGUUUCCCAACCCGAUUGACCGCUGGGCAAUUGGAGAUGCUCAAGCAGCCAUUGAAAAGGGUCGUAAGAAGUCACCAUUGGUGUUACCAGCAGAGAAGGCACAUCCACUUUUACGGGAUGUGCUUCAAACAAAGAUUGACUAUCAAGUAACAUUGUAUAUAGUUGCAGUUUUAGAAUAUAUAUCUGCAGACAUAUUAAAGCUUGCUGGCAACUAUGUUAAGAACAUUAGACACAUUGAGGUAACGCAACAGGACAUUAGAGUAGCCAUGUGUGCAGACAAGGUGCUGAUGGACAUGUUUCAACAAGAUGAAGAUGGGGAGAUGAGUGCAGUUGUGGAGGAUCCUAACCUAGACACUUCUCUAACUUAUGAUGAACUUGUCAAAGAUCUAAUACAAGAGGAGAAAGCAUAUAUUAGAGAACUCAAUAUGAUAAUUAAGGUGUUUUGUGACAAGCUUCAGCAGAUCCCUGUUUUACAAGGGAGUGGUAGUAGAGAGCUGGAAAUUAUCUUCUCAAAUAUCACUGAGAUUUAUGACUUCUCUGUAAACUUACUUGGGUCUUUAGAGGACACCCUUGAGGUCACAGAGGAGAAUGAGUCUCCCUUCAUAGGCAGCUGUUUUGAGGAAUUGGCAGAGGGUGCAGAGUUUGAUGUAUACGGAAAAUAUGCCAGCGAUGUGUUAAGGCAAGAGUGUGCAGAUCAGCUAAUGGAUGUGGUUAACCAGCCACCUGUUAGCGAUGCGCUGACAAGUGCUGGACAAGGCUUCAAGGAAGCUGUCAAGUACUACCUGCCAAAGCUGCUUCUUGUACCUGUUUGUCAUGUCUUCACUUAUUUUAAAUAUAUAGAGAUGAUUCUGGGUAUGACUGAGUCAGAAGAAGCUCGAGAGAGCUUAGAACAAGUCAAAGGUCUCUUAUGGCCUCUCCAAAGUCAGUUAGAACGCACCAUACAGAACUCUCCAUAUGCUCCCUACCUUAAGAGAAAAUUAGGAGAAAUCACUUUACGGCAUGGAAGGCAGAGUAGACAACAAACCUUAUCUAAAAUGAAAGAAUUACAACGAUCAAUAGAUGGCUGGGAAGGAAAAGUCAUCACACAAUGUUGCAACGAGUUUGUUUUAGAGGGUGACCUGCUAAAACUUGGUGCCACUGCGAAGAAGCCGACGGAGCGGCAUGUGUUCCUGUUUGAUGGCCUCAUAGUCCUCUGCAAGAGCAAUAACCGGCGGUCCUCGGUCACAGGACAGGUUGGAGAGUACAGAUUUAAGGAGAAAUUUCUUAUGAGAAUGGUAGAAAUUUUAGACAGAGAAGAUACUGAAGAGAUCAAAUACUCCUUUGAGAUCCGGCCACGUGACCAGCCCAGUGUGGUGCUACUUGCAAAGUCUAUGGAAGAGAAGAACAAUUGGAUGGCUGCCCUUGUUAUGCUCAACACUCGGAGUAUGUUAGAACGAACCCUAGACAGUAUAUUAUUAGAUGAGGAGAAACAGCAUCCCCUCAAGUUGCCUGACCCAAGUGUCUACCAGUUUGCCAUUGAGGACUCCGAGUCAAACAUUAUCAUCGAAGAGAAGGAAAACUCAGGAACUCCUCUUAUAAAGGGAGCAACGCUGCCAAAGCUGGUUGAAAGAUUAACAUACCACAUGUAUGCAGAUCCAAUGUUUGUGAGAACGUUUCUCACCACUUACCGAAGCUUUUGUACUCCAACAGAAUUGCUAGACCUAUUAAUUCAACGCUUUGACAUCCCUGAGCCUGAACUCCCGCCUAUAAGUGAAGAGGAGACGCAGGAAGUCAAAAACCAGCAACUUUCCAUACACAGAGAAAUUCUUAAACGCUUCAGAAAGGAGUAUUCGCAACCUGUUCAAUUCAGAGUUUUAAAUGUUUUGCGUCAUUGGGUAGAUUAUCACUUUUAUGAUUUUGAACGGGACAAAGCACUUCUAGAAAAACUUACCAGCUUUCUGGAGAAAGUGAAAGGCAAAUCCAUGAGAAAGUGGGUUGAAUCCAUCACAAAGAUCAUUCAGAGAAGGUGCAAUGAAGAGCAGAGAGAAAUUACAUUUAGUUUACAUCGCUCACCCCCAUCUCCCAAGUGGCACAUAAAACUAGAGGACAAAGAUUGGGAUGUUAUACUUCCCAUCAGUGCAGGUGGAACAUCGCCUACGCCUGACCUAGUAAAACCAUUGCUGAUGCUGCACCCCAUAGAAAUAGCUCGUCAGCUGACAUUGUUAGAGUUUAAACUGUACAGAGCUGUGAAGCCUUCAGAACUGGUAGGGACACCAUGGACCAAAGAAGACAAAGAGAAACGCUCACCAAACUUGCUCAAAAUGAUCCACCAUCACACCAAUGUAACACACUGGUUCAUGCGGUGCAUAGUGGACUGUGACAAUUUUGAGGAGCGUGUGGCUGUGAUGAUGAGGGUAGUGGAGAUCAUGGUUAUGUUUCAUGAUCUCAACAAUUUUAAUGGGGUAUUUGAAGUGUCCAGUGCGUUAGCGUCUGCUGCUGUACACAGGCUAGAGCUUACCAAAAUGGAGGUUAGGAAACGUCUUCUACCAGUGCAGCAGAAAGUGUUUGAAGAAGCUUCUGAACUUAGCCAAAACCAUUGUAAAAAAUACCAGGAAAAACUACGAUCCAUUAAUCCACCAUGUGUCCCAUUUUUUGGUAUGUACCUGACCAACAUCUUGCACAUUGAAGAAGGCAACCCAGACUUCCUUGUCCGGGCAGCAGAGGGUCUAAUCAAUUUUUCAAAGAGACGAAAAGUUGCAGAAAUCACAGGAGAAAUUCAGCAGUACCAGAACCAACCUUACUGUUUGCUGGAAGAACCACGCAUCAAAAAAUGGAAUCAUAAAGAGAACUCGUUGUAUUGGUCCAAGAAGAAGAAGGUAUUGCAGAAUUUUGAACUAGGUUCGCAGCUUUCUCAGCGUCUCAGGUUGCGCUUUUGCAUCAUCAGUGUUCUUAAUGGAGAUGAAGAUGGUAGUGAUGUUAAUAAAGAUGUAAUUGAUGAAGAAGAAACGGAGGAUGUAGUGAAAAUUGAAGUGGGUUUUGUUCUAUUGUUGAGACGAAUAUCCACCGUUUUGGUCCACCGAGUUGCUUCAAAAUGUAGUAUAAAUCCUUCGGCGAUGGGCUGGCGAUCGGUCGGUCGGAGGGUGGCAGCUGCGGGUGCGUACACAGAGGGUGACGAUGCCUGGGAGGAUGCCAGGUUAAGGAUUCCUCUGACGUCAUCUGUGACGUCAGAGGCUCCCUGA